AUGGGCAAACAAACAACCCUUGACAUUGAGUAUGCUGCUCUAAUGAGUCGCAAUCCAGAAGGUACCUACCUCUACAGCCCACCAACCUUCCGCAAGUUCCACCCUGGCUCGGUGGGUUUCUUCGACGAGUACAGUGGCUGGAACCAGAUAACCGAUCUAUCCAAAGAAGGUCAGCCCGAGGCCGACGGCUUCACGCCAUUGAAAAAACUGUUAAACCGGGACCAGCAGCCCAAGGCUGCUAUGUGGAAGACUCGAUCUUCCGAAAGUGAGGCUGGUCAGCACAUUAAACUGUCUGCUGGUCUUUCUGCAGCCGCCGCCGCAGCAGUCCCGGUUGACGUCUCGGCUGAUGGGAAGCACAAGACCAGCACCUCGAGUAAAGCCGCACUGGUGACUGGUUCAACCGCAAUGCGAGAGAAGGUACUCGCCCCAUUUGACAAGCCUGUCUCGACGUGGGCGAGUGAGAAUGCGCAGGCACUGCUGGAUUCGGACUUUGCGCCCGAUAUUGCCAAGAAUGGGAUCUGGAUUAUUCAGCAUGCGUGGGUGACGGAUGAAUGUGCUAUUAAUAUGACGAAUAGCUCUGAUAAGGAGAUUGAGGUUGGAUUGGAUAUUGCUGCGACUGGAAUUGCGAAGGCUGGGGCUGGAGGUGGAACGUUUGACAAGUUGAAGAAUGAAGGGUGGACUACGUACAAGUCCGAAGGGGACGAUGGAGGACUGGUCGUCUGUUUCGGUGGAUCUCACUUCAAGCCUCGUCGAUUCCAACGGUUCCGCAGUGUCCCCAUCAAACAAACCCAGGCAAACUCUUAUUUACGAACAGGCCCUCAAGAAGAGAUGCAGUUGGUCAACGAGCUGGAUUUCGAGUCCGCCAAGGUUGGAGCAACCGAGAGUGAUGCCGAGGAAGAGGCGGAAGCUGCGGCCAGAGAGGAGCAAGAGGAACAGCGCCAACGUGAGGAAUUGGAGAAACGAGCGGCCGAGAUCCUGAAAAACACUACUACACAGACAUUUGUCAUGCAAGCUUAG